GGGAGCCAUGGCUCGUGGCCGGGACCUCAUCCUUAAGGCUUUGGAGGACCUGAACGACGAUGAGUUCAAGAAGUUCAAACUCAAGCUGCGGACACUGCAGCUGCGGGCCGGCUUCAGCCACAUCCCGCGAGGGAUCUUGCAGCCCAUGGACCGCCUGGACCUCACCGACAAGAUCGUCAGUUGCUACCUGGAGGACUACGGGAUGGAACUGACUGCGGAGGUGCUCCGGGACAUCGGCAUGCAAGAAGAGGCUACCGGACUCCAACAAGCCGCAGGGCUUGCCUUAAGGCCUCAGCUAGCUAGAAAUGAAGCCCAGCCCACUCAGCAUUCAGCUACUCUAUCAGGGAUUCAUUUCAUGGAUAGGCAUCGGGCAAGCCUCAUCGAUCGUGUCACCCUAUUGGAUCCAGUCCUAGACCAGUUAUAUGGGAAUGUUCUGAACCUAGAGCAAUAUGAGGCAAUCAGGGCUGAGUCCACCAAUCAGAACAAGAUGAGGAAACUCUACAGCUUUGUGCCAGCCUGGGAUAAUACAUGUAAAGACCGGUUCUUAGAAGCUCUGAAGAAGAACAACCCUUUCCUGGUGCAAGAGCUGGAGAGGAGCUGAGGGGCCCCUAGAGCUCUCACUACAGCACCUAAGAACUCAGCUCCUCCUUUGGCACUUCAACAUUUGGCCCUCAAAUUGCCU